AUGGCACGAAAUCAAGAAAAAGCUCAAUCGAUGUUAUAUCGAUUCCGGGAGCAGCAGGCUAUCGAGAUGGGGAUGGGUAAUCGUAUAAAGGGAGAUAGGAGACCUAGGAUGGCGAGUAGCGUUAGUAGUUUGAGGGAAUGUGAGAGGUGGAGAGGUGAUAUUAUGAGGGAUAUCAAUAGGAAAGUGGGGAAGAUUCAAGAUGUUUCUUUGACGGACUACGAGAUCCGAGAUCUGAACGACGAGAUCAACGCUUUGUUCAGGGAGAAGAGACAUUGGGAGAAUCAAAUUGUUAAUCUUGGAGGAGCGAACUACAAGAGGGGAAAUGUCGCUAUGACGGAUGAUCAAGGGAGGGAAGUACCUGGUACGAGGGGAUAUAAAUAUUUCGGAAGAGCAAAGGAGUUACCAGGUGUGAAAGAAUUAUUUGAAAGGGGAGCCACCCAAGCUACCGAAGAGUCAGCGCGAAAUGCCUCGUUUCAGAUGUUCAGACAUCAGGGUCCGGCUUAUUAUGGUGACGAGGAUGAGAUGGAUCCAAAGUUGGUAGAGGAAGAGGACGAACUAGCCAGGCAGGAAUGGGAAGCAGCGGCAUUGGCUUCAGCCAAACUAUUAGAUGUUGACUCCUCAAUCGACCUACCCGCUUAUCCAGUCUCGUCUUCUCCUUCUACCACGAUCACUCAGAAUCAGAAUGGUCCAUCGUCAAGUAAGAGAAAGAUCCCUACCGACUCGGAGAAACCUUCUGGUGAACAUGGUGAUGCGAUUGAAGUGGAUGGCGAAGCCGAAGUCGAUGGAGAACAAUCGAAGAAGUCCAAAACUACCAAUACCACCACCAAUGGCGAACUACCAUCCAAUGUGCUGCCCGCACAGUCAAUAGACGAAGCUAUGAAAUCCGCUCAAUCGGCUGCAUUGUCGUUCUUAAACGUCUUAGAUCCAAAGGCAUUGCAAUUCCCUGUUGUACCAACCCCGCAGGAGAUGGAGGGGGUUCUGUUGGAAGUGAGGAAGAAAGCUCUGAGGGAGGAGUAUGGUGUGUAA